UGGGAGUAGCCCCGCCCCCUGACCGCGGUCAGCUGACUGCGGAUCACGUGCAGUAGCCGGAAGCGCCGGAGCUGGCCGGCCGGGAGGAGAGAUGCGGUGUCCGGGGCUCUGGCUGCUGCUGGUCGGUGCUGUGUGCGCUGGGGUCCGGGGGAGUCCUGAGGAGGAGGAGACACGCAAGGUCUACCUACAGUACAACCCUGGCACCUCCAGCUCCUCAGUGAAUCUGCUUCACAUCCGUGCUGUGGGGAAAGGUAACACCAUCCAUUACAUCUGGAGCACCAUAGGGACCCCCACAGUACUUCUCAUAUACACAGAGAGCGAGCAGAGCCAACUGCUGGUGAACUGGACCAAGCUCCUGUCUCCGGAACCCUACGGAGCCCUCUCCAUUCACCCCCCGGACAGCGUGCGCUAUUCCACCGCCCUGCUCUUCUCCAGGAUCUUUGAAUAUAAAGAUGUGAAUAACACGGCUGACUUCUCGGGGACGGCUGGGAAGUAUUUCUAUCCCCCCUAUGACCUGUCUGACUUUGUGUGGGAAAACGUCAACAACACGCUGAAUUCCACCUCACUCACCGCCCACCUGACCGGGGUCAACGGGUCUGACCCCUCUGGGAGCUUUCAAAAUGGCAGCGUCAUGUUCAAGGUCUCUGCGUUUGGAGGUCCCGGGCGAGACCUUUCCUCGCCCCACCUGCUCCACACCGCCAACUGUACCAAGCUGGAGUUCAGGAUUACAGGGGUGCGCCCUCGCGGCAAUAACUCCCGCUUCGCUCUAGAGAUGGUGACGCUGGAACGGAAGGCGGGGCGCAAGAAAAUGCAGCCUGUCCGUUCCAUCGAUGAUGAGUACACGCCGACCAUCUUUGAGCUGAUGGAGUUGGUGCCGGAUUCCUCUAACAGCAGCCACGCCAAGGGCUUUUUCCAGUGGAAGUCUGUGGCUUAUGGGUCGUCCAUCGCCACCAGGUCUGACGCGCUCCCGUGUCAGAUAUACAAGCCGCGCCCGGUGAACGGCACUCUGCAGCUGCGGAGCAUUGUUCACGCCUAUUACGGAGAGGGUCUGUCCGCGACGUAUAACGUAGAGGCCUAUAAUAUCUCCUUUGGGAUUGCGGACGGCGACUUCUAUGACAAGCACAAGUUCUUGGGCUGGUCGGCGUUGAUCGGUUACGGCACGCCACCCCGUGAUUCGUUCUCCAUCCUGGUGAUCUGUAUAAUGGCCGUGGCUCUAGGCACUCCGCUGGUUCUGCUGAUAGUGGGAACCAUUGUGGUCUCAUUUCUGAAGAAGAGGGUCUUCUCUAACUACGAACCUAUAAACUAGGACCCUGUGGAUGAGCUGCAGCGGCGGAGAGAUCUCUCUCAUACCUCAAACACGGACUACUAAUGGACUGAAGCGAUGGCCCGUGGUCGCAGUGGGUUUUGUUGUCAAACCUCCACAAUCAUCGGAUCACUGGCCGGAUACAGACGAUUAAGGGACAGGUUUCAGUCUUCUGUGUUGCCGGCCUCUUAUCUUCCAGGAGAAGGGCGAUAGUCCAUUUCAGAUGCCUUAUCACACCCCACCUCCCCCUCUCGCCAUAGAUAGGUGCCAAUGCUCUUGCCAAUCCCCCCUCCCCCAUUGCAACGUGCAAACACGCAAUCAUUCCAUGGCGCGCUGUUUCCUGCAACUAAACAAAGGGAAUCCCGUGUAAUUUAUAACUUCGUGCUGCUGGUAAGGUAUAAGACUUAUUUAAUAACCUGACAAAAGCCCCAAUUGCGAUGAAUUUUAUACGAAAAUAAAUUAUAGCGAUUGCAUUUGAUGGUGUGCGCGACUGAUAUGAACAGCUGCGCGGUCGUACUGCAUCGGAUCCCCUACGUGGUACUAGAGCCGACAGCUGGGUUGCGUUAGCUUCCUAUGGUUUAUGCUGCAUUUGCACCAUGUUAUUGAAUAAGUCUUUGACUGGUGUUUGUGUAACACUUUUUUUUGUUUUUUUGAGCCGGUGUAAUGACUCCUAACUGACUGAGCCCAAGAGCUGACAGCACUUUUCGUGGCUUGUUUACGUGGGUGUUAUUUGCCCAUUUGGUGACCGUCGCACAUUGCUGUACACCCCAUUCCCAGGACACACACAGAGCGGUUUCUUGUAUCACUGUUACACACAUAAUGCACACUGGACAAGCAGCUGUGUACACACCGGGAUCAGCCGUCAGUACAGGCUGCAGGAAUCUCCCAGAGGGGGGUCCAAGUGCAAACGCCACCGUUUCAUACAAUAAUGAAUAGGUUAUUUGCUAACCGUACUCUAAGGUGCGAGCUAAUUGCUUCUAUCUGUCUUCAGCAGUGUUGUUGCAUGUUUGCACACUUUGGGUAAUGUCUGGUAAAUAACGCUCCUCUGUGGUUAGGUUUAGAUACGCUCUUUAGCAAAGUGAAUGUAACACUGCUUGCUGCUGGAGGUUCCGGGGCGGGUGAUUGGUACACCUGGCCCCAGUCUCAUCUGCCCGACGUUACCCGACGGUCUCCACCAAUAUAGGCUGUCAGGGUUCUUCAUCUGCAGGUCAUUCUGCUCGGGACGUAUCUUGGCAAUCAGUAUAUGUAGCUGUAACCGGGUCCUUAUCUGGUAAUAUAUUGUACAUGUGGAGUUUUGCUGGUCACUCUUAUUUUGGUAUUAUUUGUAUAUCCUGGAAUUUACAGUUUCUUUACUUUUUAUGCAUUUUUUUUUUUUUUUUUUU